UCAACAUUCUUGCGUUUUAUUCUGGAAACCCUAGCAGGAAGUCGCUUUACUUUGGUCAGCUAGCUUGAUCACGGGUCGGUUGAGCGCGGUAGCUGUCAGAUAGUGGAGAGAGACAGAGAGAGAGAGCACCCACCCUGGUCGCUUCGUCUCUCUAUAUCAAACCCUCCUUCACUCGGCGCCUCCGACAAGGCAUUUCACCGCUCCAACUGCCGUCUAGCUGCUGGGCGGACCUGUAUUUCAAACGCAAAUUUAGCGCCAUAUAACCGCAGUUUUUUCGGAGCUGUCAAAGUAGAAGAAGCGAGAGACAGGGGAGCGACAUGGCCACGACAACCUGUACGCGAUUCACAGACGAAUAUCAGCUAUACGAGGAGCUGGGGAAGGGAGCCUUUUCAGUGGUGCGCAGAUGUGUUAAGCUGUGUACAGGACAGGAGUAUGCCGCCAAAAUAAUCAACACCAAAAAGUUAUCUGCGAGAGAUCACCAGAAGCUGGAGCGAGAGGCUCGGAUUUGUCGCUUGUUGAAACACCCCAACAUCGUUCGUCUUCAUGACAGUAUAUCAGAGGAGGGCUUCCACUACCUCCUGUUUGACUUGGUGACUGGAGGUGAGCUGUUUGAGGACAUCGUAGCCAGAGAGUAUUACAGCGAGGCCGAUGCCAGUCACUGUAUCCAUCAGAUUCUAGACAGUGUCCAUCACAUUCACCAACAUGACAUAGUGCACAGGGACCUGAAGCCAGAAAACCUGCUCCUAGCAAGCAAAUGUAAGAAUGCUGCAGUGAAGCUGGCCGACUUUGGCCUAGCCAUUGAGGUGCAGGGGGAUCAGCAGGCCUGGUUUGGAUUUGCUGGCACACCGGGAUACCUGUCCCCUGAGGUAUUGAGGAAGGAGGCAUAUGGCAAGCCUGUGGACAUCUGGGCCUGUGGGGUGAUUCUCUACAUCCUGCUGGUGGGUUACCCUCCUUUCUGGGAUGAGGACCAGCACAAGCUGUACCAGCAGAUCAAGGCUGGGGCUUACGAUUUCCCUUCCCCAGAGUGGGACACAGUCACCCCAGAGGCCAAAAACCUGAUCAACCAGAUGCUGACCAUCAACCCAGCUAAGAGGAUCACUGCUCAGGAAGCCCUCAAGCACCCAUGGGUCUGCCAACGGUCCACAGUGGCGUCUAUGAUGCACAGGCAGGAGACCGUGGAGUGCCUGAAGAAAUUCAAUGCCAGGAGGAAACUCAAGGGGGCCAUUCUUACUACCAUGCUGGUUUCUCGAAAUUUCUCUGUGGGCAGCAGGCAAACCACCGCUCCGGCCUCUGUCACUGCGGCCGCAGCAGCAGUGGCUGCAGCCGCCGGCACCACCGCAGGGCUGGUGGAACAAGCAGCUAAGACCUUGCUCAACAAAAAGGCAGAUGUCAAGAAACGCAAGUCCAGCUCUACUGUCCAGUAUAUGCCCCAGACAAACAGCACCAAAAACAGCAUAGUCACCAGCCCCAAAGGAAACAUCCCUUCACCUGCUCUGGAACCUCAGACAACCGUCAUCCAUAAUCCAGUGGACGGGACAAAGGAGUCAUCAGACAGCAGCAACACCACUGUGGAGGAUGAAGAUGUGAAAGGAAAGAGCUUAGACAACAGCUCGCUUAAGGCGCAGUCCAGCACAAGCUCCCAGCCUGAUAGCUCUCAGGGCUCCUCAGCUGCUGUGUACUCUGCCACAAAGUUUGCUGACCUACUGGGCUCAGUUCGUAGGGGCUCAGGGCCCACAUCUGACGGGGAAGGGAGAUCCAGCACUCCACCUCCCGCUGUCCUCUCCGCCCCCUCCCCUCCACACACCCCUGUUGUCCCCAUGCAGAUGUCUCGGCUCACCGACCUGGUAAGCAGCGUUCGCAGGGUGCCGGCAGCCCCUGCCCCCGAGGUUGACACUGCACCGGCGCCGGUACCCAGCGUCAGGCCCACCCUUCCACCUGCACACACCACCUCCCCACCUCCCCCUCACUCUCCCUUCAGCCCUUCCCUGUCUUCCUCCCAGAUACGCAAACAAGAAAUUAUCAAGAUCACUGAGCAGCUCAUAGAGGCAAUCAACAAUGGAGACUUUGAGGCAUACGCAAAGAUCUGCGACCCUGGACUGACUUCGUUUGAGCCGGAGGCGCUGGGCAACCUGGUAGAGGGGAUGGAUUUCCACAGAUUCUACUUCGAGAACCUUUUGGCUAAGAACAGCAAGCCCAUCCACACCACCAUCCUGAACCCCCACGUCCACCUGAUCGGCGAGGACGCGGCCUGCAUCGCUUACAUCCGCCUGACUCAGUUUGUUGACGGGCAGGGUCGGCCGCGGUCCAGCCAGUCAGAGGAAACUCGCGUCUGGCAUCGCAGAGACAGCAAGUGGCAAAACAUCCACUUCCACUGCUCAGGCGCACCAGCCGCGCCACUCCAGUGAGGGUUGAAUGCCAUAGCUUCGUCUGUCAGGAGUGCUCUGCUGGAGAGAGCGGAAGAGGAGGAGGAGGAGGAAGGGAUGUAAGAACAAGUCCGGUGUCAGUUUGGGACAGGGCUCCUCGCCCUUCAACAACAAACCCUCCCUCACUGGACGCCCAGCCUCAACCCCCAGCAUGCAUCUCUUCUUUUACUACUACUGCCCCCUAUCUGUCAGCUGCCCUACAACAUCUUCUGACAACCAUCAAACAACAGCAAGUGAACGUCCAACAGCUCGACAUCCUUCACCCCCCAGGCUUCCUCUUCUUCCCUCAGGCACACUGGGUGAUUGGCGGGGGUGGGGGUGUUUUUAGCACUCGUUGUGAUUCCUUCUUCCUCUCUUCCCCCUGUCCCCACAGUUUUUGUGACACCAACCCUCUUGUCCUCCUAUGAAUCCACACUUGUGUCACAUAAACACUGCACUGGAAAUACAGUAUGUAAAGUUUUAAGUAAAAUCUAUUAUUAUCAUUACUACAUUAUUAUUAUGAUUAUUAUUAUUAUUAUUACACAUUUGCAAUUGUAUAUGUAAUUUGUAUAAUUCGAAAUUCUUGAUGCCAGUGGUUUCUAUAGUUGAAGGAAAUCUCUUCUUUUUUUUUCUCUAUCUUUUUAAGGAAGCAUGUUUUUUUUCCCCAUAUUAACAGUGGCUGUUUUUUAUUGUGGCUAUUAAGUGGAAAAUGAUAUUGGCAGUUUUUGUAAUUUACUUCUUGUAUGUUAGCUAUAAUACUGCGGCAAACUCAUGGUCAACAUGUUUUCAUUUGUUUGUUUUGGGGUUUUCUUUUCUUUUUUGUGUUUUUACCCGUUUGUUUAUUUUUUUUGGAAGGGGUGUAUCUGAUGGUGUCAUGUAUUCAUGUCAAGAGUGAGUCCUUAUGUGUGUGUGACUGUGGUUAUGUAAGCCAGACACAUAGUGUGUGCUAGUCUAAACAUAAUGACUCCGUACAGUUGGAGGAACCUGUUGUUUUUCCCUCGUUGCAAUGAAAACGGCCGGAGAAGGGGUUAGCAAAACAAACAGCAUGAGUUUUACCUGGAAUUUACUUUUCCUUCAUGUAUAACGCAAUAAUGGUAGAAUGCCCUGAAUGAAGCAGCAUCGUGAAGAUGCAGAAGAAGAAAAAAAACAUAUUGCUUUUUUCUGUUAGUGACAAUGCUCCUUUCCUUGUUUUGUAUUGGUGCCACCAUGAGAAAAAAAAUCUGUUUCUCAUUACAAUGAGAACAUUUUCUUAAUAUAACAAGAUACUUUAUGUUGGAUGACAUUGUUUUUGUUAAGACAACAUACUGACUUACAACACAUCUUCUUAUCACAUUGUGACAAAAUAAGUCGGUGUGUUUUUAAAUAUAGAAAUGAUUUGUAAGUUCCAUGUUGUAACAAGAAAAACAUCCGGUCCAACGAGGAAAUAUUAUAGCUAAUAUCAGAGAAACCGACAAUGAUUAAUUUAAAGAAAUCAUUUUAUUUUCCUUUAUUUUUUGGGAUAAGAUAUUUUGAGCCAGAUUCUGCUGAUACAGAUGUGUACAUAGAAGCAGAUGUUAAGAACAGUUGUUAAACAUGUGGGGCUAUAACGUAGAAAGACCUCUUCGAACUAGCAUCAUUUCUCUUAAAUGACGUGGAGGGGCAUGAAAGGCUGCAUGGAUACAAGUCCCAAUCCUGUUUUAAAGUGAACUGUGGAUUGUUUUUAAUCCUGGACUAGACUGAACUUUGACCAAAGAAACCUCGACAGGUUUAACUGGACACUAAAACAUUGUAAUAAUAUUGUUUUGCUAUACCACAAACCAUUCUGAACAAAUUCCUUUUGUUAAAAUACUCUAGA